AUGGCGAAGCGACCGGCGACCGGUGGCAUGGAUGCAGCCUUGUCCGCCAAGGCGAGCCCUCUGCCGAAGGAAUGGGAAGCUCUGGCACGUCCCACCGACGAAGUAGACAUGCCGGACGACGCAGACAUGUGGGCGACUGUGUGUGACCUUCUCCAGACGUCCCCGGUUGAGCAAUGGACUCGCCACGACGACGACAACCUCCAGGUCAGCGGUGGAAGCAGUGGCCACGAGGGCAUGCCUAAACCGAAACGCAUUCGAGUGUACACAAACAAGGCCGAGGUCCAGCAGCUCGAGGCCGAAAUCAAUGACUUGCAGGCGCAACUUGUCCAAGCCAAGCAAAUUGCGGCGUCUGCAUCGGCUGGCGAGGUGUCGAUAUGGGCACGGACUGCCGCCCGACUACGCAUUGACAAGAACAAAACGUUGGACGAGAAUCAACAGCUCCUAGCAGCCGUGCGCGAACGCGGCGAGCACAUCCAGCGACUUCAGAAGCUGGUGUUCAAAACACCGAGGUGGACAGUGCUUCCAGAAGUUACCAACGAGAGCGUGUUGUACGGUCGACUUCCCGCCGACCCCGUCCUCCGCGCCGCCACGAUCCACCGCAUCGCCGACCACCAGUAUCACCGCUUCCACACCACAUUUGUCCAAGCUGGCGUGUUCGAUUUGACCGAAGACACGUGCCGCGGCGAGCCCAUCACACUACCGGACGAACAGAUUGGUUUCCAAUCGAUCAAUCACAUCAACCUCCCAGCUCCGUUCCGCAGCAUCGCGAACGCGUGCUGGCAAGUGUUGUCAGGCAAAGUGACGGAUGCCAUCGCAGCCACCGACGACCAGGUAUGGGAGCACGUGGACGAACACACCGUGUACCACCGGUCGCGCCAACACAAUGGCCGCAUCGUGUGUCAUUCGAACGAGAUACGCAAACGCUUUGACGACCCCACGACGGGCCGCAUCCUUUUUGUCUGGGUUUCCGUCGUCGACGACGCGCUGGUCGCCCAAGAGCCUUCGGACGCUGUGGACGAAGUGUGGGGCUGGUGGUCGUUUGGACCGGAUCCUGGCGAUCCCACCAAGUGCCGCACCACCAUUGUCGGCCACUCCAACAUAUCCAGAGUCCUCGAACACCAAGAAGUAAAGGCCUACUUGACCGACGUCAUCGCAGCCCUCAAGCGCCUCAUGGUCACGCGAGCGUCGACGAAUCUGGACGACCCGCCAUCCUUCUUGGUCCCGUUUUUGGAGCGCAGGCGGCGGAUGCGACCGCUCAUUCGAACCGUCAUGGAGGAAUCCAUUCGUCGCCACAACCCGACCGCCCCUCUUCCUGUUGCAGAAUAG